CGAUGGAAAUCUUUCGAGUGACAAAACAGUAGUGGAGUUUAUCCGCAGAGGAAACGUUGCGAAUGUAUCGCGCGUAUGUGUCAGAAGAAAUCGCACGAAUUUUCCAGCCGACUCGCCAGUACAAGUUGAUUGCAUAACAACACUCAUUCGUCUAACUGACAGCGCGCACACAGUAGACAUUGUGUGCUUGACGUCGUCGUUACUGGCGACACCAACCAAAUUCAAACAAAUAAAAAUUUUGCAAAUGUGAUUUUACUGUAUUACUUCGCUUGUACAAAAAAAAAAAUAAAAUUCCGGGCAAUGGUAUCGAAUUGGGGUCUGGCCAGGCUUGGCCGACUAUUCCGUGGCACCAAAGUCAACACCACAAAGUGCAAAAAUGUACCAGCAAACGGUUAUGCAACGGAGGCGAGUUUCACGACACGUGAUUUCAAGCUGCACCUCUUAGAUAAUGGACCAUCAACAACGGCUGUAGUCACAAAAGAAGAAGCCCUCAAAUAUUACGAGAAAAUGUUCUACGUUCGACGAUUGGAAACGUCCGCCGGUGCAUUGUACAAAGAUAAAGUGGUGCGCGGUUUUUGCCACUUGUAUUCGGGACAAGAAGCCUGUGCCGUCGGUAUGACAGCUGCCAUGCGACCGGACGACCGUGUAAUCACAGCCUAUCGAUGCCACGGUUGGACUUAUUUGAUGGGAGUUUCACCGCACAGUGUCUUGGCCGAAUUGACCGGUCGUGGAACGGGUUGCUCACGCGGCAAAGGCGGCUCUAUGCACAUGUACAGCAAAAACUUCUACGGUGGCAACGGAAUCGUCGGUGCCCAAGUUCCACUAGGCGUUGGCAUUGCAUUCGAAGCCAAGUACAAGAAUAAGAAAGCUGUGUGCUUCACACUGUAUGGUGAUGGUGCUGCCAAUCAAGGUCAAAUCUUCGAAGUUUACAACAUGGCUAAGCUCUGGAACAUUCCAGCCAUUUUUGUUUGCGAAAAUAACGGAUACGGAAUGGGAACAAGUGCUGAACGUGCAUCAGCCAGUGUAGACUACUACAAACGUGGAGAUUAUGUGCCAGGCAUCUGGGUCGACGGUAUGGAUGUGAUUGCUGUACGUGAAGCUUCGAAAUUCGCCAUCGAUCAUUGUGACUCGGGCAAAGGACCAAUCGUUUUGGAAACAGCCACAUAUCGUUAUUCCGGUCACUCGAUGUCGGAUCCAGGUACCAGCUACCGUACACGUGAAGAAAUCCAAGAAGUGCGUCAAUCACGUGAUCCAAUCACAUCAUUCCGGGAAAAGAUUUUGAACGCUGAAUUGGCCACACCAGAAGAGAUCAAGGCCCUUGAAUUGCGCAUCAAGGGAGAAGUUGAUGAAGCCACCAAGAAAGCUCGUGCAGAUAAAGAGAUCGGUCUGCAUGAACUCACCGCUGACAUCUAUGCAAAUCCAAAAUUCAACGAAGAAGUCCGAAACAUUCUGCCCAAUCAACCAUUGAAACACAUUUCGCUUGGAAAACCACAGAAUCUGUAAAGCAUUUUUAAAAUAAAAAGAAUGACAGUCAAAUCGUCGUAUUUAUAAUUUUAAGACAUGUGCAACAAUAAAGUGAAUCGCCAAGUGAUUCAAAAUUAUUACUA